CCUUCACCCUCCAUUGUUGUCACGAUAAACAUGGCGCUGGACUAGACUCUGGUUGAUUCUUCAUUCUUCUUCAGUAAUUUAUGUUAUAUGUGUUCUGUUUUGUUAUAUUUUAAUCAGCACAAUGACUAAGAACCAUUUCACUAUCCUUGGUCUCAAACCUGGUGUUACAGAUGAUGAUGUGAAAAAAGCAUAUAGGACACUAGCUAAAAAAUACCAUCCAGACAAAAAUAAAUCUCAUGAUGCUGAAGAAAGGUUUAAAGAAAUUGGAGCUGCAUAUGAAGUGUUAAAAGUGAAAGACAGAAGAGAAAUUCAUGAACGGGAAAUUAACAGACCAAAGGAAGCAUUUGUUAGAACUGAGUUUAGAACCCCUGGUGGGAGAACUCAAGAACACAAUUAUAGAGCUAAGGAAGAAUUUACUCAAAGACGUAGAUCUGAACCACCACCUAGGUUUAAAUUUGAUGAAGAUCCUUUCACUGGCCCAUAUUCACAAUACAGAAAUUCAAAAGGAUUUAAAGAAAAAGAUUAUUUUGAUCAGUCCCAACAAAAACAAAAGCGGCCAACAGGACAAAAAAGACCUCAGGAAAAACCAAAAUGGAACAAUAACUGGACUGAAGAAGAAGAAAUGAGUUUUCAUGACUAUGGUGAUAAAUCCUCCUUUUCUUUUGCAUUUAAGUCUUUCAUGGAUGACAUGGACUUUUCAAUGUCUUUCACAAUGGGUGGCGAUAUGUUUGGAGAAGAGACUCCUUUUACAAACUUUAAUGGUCGUGGUCCUGGCCCAAAGAAACCACAUGCAGCUUAUCAACAUCACAAAAAGAAUGUGGCUGGUGAACAUGGUUAUAAAGGGGGUCUUAGUGAGGAUUACUUGUUCUCUCCACGGUCAGGAAUGGAGUCAUCAGAAUCAGAAUCAGAGGACUCGGAUGACUCAGAUUUUGACUACUCGGAUAUGAAAUUUUCAUGUGCUUUCUGUGGAAAAAGAUUAAAACUUGAAGAUUUGAAAACACAUGAGCCAGCUUGUGGUCAUAGGAAAAAGACAAAUAUAAACAUUGGUGGUGAUGACGAUGAGCAUCGGAAUGGUUAUAGAAAAAUGUUUCAAGACAAAAGUGGAGACUGGAGGCGGGACCAUGAAAAAUUCCAGGAAUAUGUCAAGAGAGCAAAAAGGGCUUACCGAAUAAAUAAAUCCAGAGAUGGUGUUAGAAUGGAAAGUAAUCAAAAACUGUUAUGUAGUUUAUGUGGUAAAGUAAUAGAAAAAGGCGAGGCCCAGACACAUUCAUUAUUCUGUCAUUCAAAAGCUGAUCCAAACUUUGGACCCCCACCAGCAACACACGAGGACCCUCCUAUGAAAGACAGUAAAUAUAAACGAGCAAAAGAGUAUGCAAAAAGGAAAGUGCCAAAAUUUAAGAAAAGUUUUUCUGCAGAUGAUUCACAACAGCAACAAUCAUUUAAAACACCUAAAACAAAAGGAAGAGAUACAAUGGAUGAACCAAUGAGCAGCAGUGGCACUGGUCUGAAUCCUUCUCCGAAGUCAAAAUUUGGUAAAACAAAAAGGGCCCCUGCACCACCCCCUCCAAAACCUUGCCCGUCAGGACCCACUGUAGGACCAGCACCAACCACUACCUCAUCUAGGACAGAAACACCAACAAAAACAAAGCUAGGGCAUAGGGCAAGUUGUCCGCCUGCACCACAAAGUAAUCCAACAUCAAGUCCUGGACAAGACAGUCCCCCUGUUAGACCCUCAUCACAGAUAUCAAGAAAAGAAGAUGUCCCAGUGAAAGUAGGAACUUACCAAUUAGUGAGGACUCGCUACGUUGUAGCAACCAAACCUCCUCCUAUAUAUUCUGAAUCAGACACAAGUUCUGAGGAAAGUGAUUCUGAUUCAGAUAAUGACCAGCAGCUAGUCCCAAGAUCUAGACUUGUUUAUGUUGUCCAGCCCAGAGUUGUUGUUCGACCACGACCAAAGAGCGAACAACUUUACCCCCAGAACAUCAGAGUCAGAGUACCUGUUCAGAACCCACAAAAUGGACUACAGCAAGAAAAACCCAAGAUCACGGAAAAGCCAAGCAAAUCAAAAUCAUUCAGAAUCGGAAGGAAGUGAUCAUUUUCCUGACAUAAAUGACACUUAUUCAAGUUUUAGUGCUCAUAAUUGUACUCCUAGAGUCUUUCUGAAAAAAACUACGGUCAAGAUCUAGACCACACUUGGUGCAUAAAAUAUAGAAGUUUAUUAUAAUGCCAUUAGAUGUGCAAAUGUAAAAGACUGCCAGUUAGGUUGUGCAAAUGUAAAAGACUGCCAGUUAGGUUGUGCAAAUGUAAAAGACUGCCAGUCAGAUUUUGCAAAUGUAGUAAAUGACUGUCAUGCAGGUUGUGCAAAUGUGAACUACUGCCAGUCAAGUUGUUGAGGUUUAUUUAUUAAUAUUAUUGUUAUUUAAGGCCAUAAUGUCCUUUUGUUGUUAGCUAUAUUCGUGGUUGUUUUAGCAUGGUUGUAUAUUAUAUAUACAUAUCUAAUAUUGUUGUAUUGUUACAGUUACUGUUGAUCAGUAUCAGUUCAUACUGUAUGGUAAAGAGGGAUACCCAGUCAAGUCAAAUGAUCUGUAACUAUGUAGGGGCGGUUGCAACCGUUUUUAAAAGGGGCUCCCAAUGAAGGGGUGUUCCAGCCAAUAUCUCCUUUCAAAACAUUGAUCAUCCAAUAAAAAGGUUGGGUUCCAAUUUAUUUAUUUCUAACAAUUUCAAUUGGCAACUGUUUGAAAACUGCUAUUUGUAUGAACUAACGAUUACUGUCAUAGAAAGCAAUAUUUAAUUUUCAUGAACAUAUUAAGAAGCGUUAUUUUACCAGCGUAAUAAUAAAUUCUUGAAACCAUUUGAGCUACUACUGCCCAUAGAUAAUAAUGAUUACUUAGUAUAUAUGAUUGAAUGUGAUUCUAGUCCGUAUUAGCUGUAAACAUGUAGAUCAAAUAUAUGAGAGAGAGAGGGGGAGUUAAAUUAUUUGUAGAGAAACUGAGUUAUCAACAUAGUUAAAAAUGGUAGAAAUUUGAAAUAGAACAUUUUAGGAAAUUAGGACUCAGUAGAAAAAAAUAAUGGAACUAACGUUUAUUUUUAACAUAAUCAGAUUCAGAAAUUUUAUAACCAAACUUACAAGUCUUGAAUCUUUUGCAAUUUGAUUAAUUGAUGUGUAGGGGUAACUGAUUUUGAAUUAUUAUUACAUCAGAUCACCAGAUAUCCUCUGUGAAACUCAUGGCUUGCAUGAAAAACAUGAAAUAAGUUCUAUCUUGAAGAAAAAAAUAUUUGUGUACUAUAUAAUAGCUAGAAAGUAUAACACUUAUGCUAUGUGAUCUUUAUGGUAUGAAAAAUAUUAGGCAUUGCUGUAAAUGAUUUUAUCUGACAUAUAUAGAAAAUCGGGGCACUGCGCUAUAAAUGGUUUUAGCCCUGACUAACUCUGAGGGCGAUAUUUUAUAUAAGAGUAGUAGAUGUAAACUUAAAAGAUAUUAGGUAUGUGAGAUUAUUUUGAACUAAGAUUUACAGAGUAUUCGGGGUUGAUUCAGGGAAUUAAGAUAUAUGUAGUGAUUUAUGUAUGAUUUGGGUUUGUUGUUUGAAGAAAUCCUUUUUUAACAAGAAAAUACAUAUAACUAUGCAAUUUACUGGGUGUAUUUUUAUUAAGGUAGAAAUGUAUUGAAGAAGCUUUAUAUGAUAUUUUUAGGCUUAUAUUUAAUUUAUAGUUAUGGUGUAUAUUUUUGCAACAGGAAAUCUCACAAAGGAAAUCCAAUUGAAAUUAAAAGUAGAUUUUUAAAGGAAAAUUAUAAUUAAAUAUUGUCUCUGGUGUGAAAAAAAUGGUGCAAUUAUGAAAUAAUAUAUAUAGAUAAUCAGUUGUCACAAAGUACAAUAUAAUCCGUAGUGACAUUAAAACGGAAUUAUAUCAUUAUACUCUUACAAUAAUUGAUAUUUAUUUAGUUCAUAUGUACUCUCUGAAAGAUUAUGAAGCAGUGUGUUUAUUUCAAGAAUUUUUAUUGAAAUGAAAUGAUAAAGUUAAAAACGUGUUACUAAAGUACAAAUGACAAUGACACAGCUGUCCUCCCCUGACAUUUAUAUAAAUGAUACAUCACAAUAAGCUGUUAUUCCUGUUUACCAUAGGAUUAUAUAAUAGAAAAGGAGGGAUAGCUAUUUCAUCUUAUUUGUCAGGUUGACCAUGCUUUAAAAAAAAAUUAAAAAAUUGGAAUGACUGACAAAUGUGAUUUGUUUGUUAGGGGAAAAAGAAUAACUGUUUCCUGUUUCUUUACUUUCUAUGGAUUUUCAUUAACACAUUUUAUAGAUUUCACUGGUUAAACACUGUUAAAGUCUAGACUUUUUUGGUAACACACCAU